CGACAUGGUCACCCCGCGAGAGGACUACUAUCUUAUUGAUCAUCGACACGUUCGUACGUGAGCAUACAUAAUGCUGUUUCCUCGCUGACCUUGAAAUUAAGAUGAGAAAAUUUUGGUGACGUAUGUAUAUAGUGGUGAACCUAAGUGAUCCAUAAUUGGUGAUUGUGCGCGCAUUUACUAUAAUUGUUGAAGACGCGCUUCUCACGUGGAGACAUUCGCCACGUGGCCGUCUCUAGAGUGCAUUUUUUAUAUUAUUAAGUGAAAGAGAAAAUGGGAAACUGGUCUUCAACAAUUAAUGAAAGAAAAAAGAGGAAAAAACUUCAAAGCUCCAAACGUGACAUACCUAGCAAACAAGACGAGUAUAAAGAUUCGGAAAUUGAAUUAAUGAGGAAUGCCAUCAAAACACAUCCUGAUAGAUUUAUUUUAAACAAUCUCAUGAUGUGCAUUCAAUUCUUUGAGAAUUAUGAAGAUGACAUACUUCAAAUUAAGGAAACUCUGGCAUCGUCUUACGAAGCUAAAUUAAAUAAGCAACUACCACCUCAAAAGCAUGUUUUAUUACCCGAUAUUCUUCAGGAAUAUAUCGCACGCAAUAUCAUCUUUACUUCGAAGAGGCAGACUGAUGAUCCUAGUAUUGAACCGCUGCAACCCGUUCGUAUUUAUGUUGUGUACGACAAUAUUGAAAUUACAGAGCAGCAUUAUCAACCAGAGUACAGUAGUCUGAACAAUGGAAUCACAUAUAAUGUGAUGGUGCAAUCAAGCGAACAUUCAGGAUACGUACGAUUACGAUGUCUCGAUGAAAUGCCGUAUCCAAGAAAUCUUAACGAAAGAGUUCCUUCAUUAAUAACAAACGAUGAUGAAAUAUAUUAUAGUGACAGCAGCAUUUACCGUGGUAAUUCAAACAUGAUGCGUCAAAUAAAAACGAAAAAUCUACAGACAUCUGUGAUCCGUAAUAUUGGGUCUUUGCCCAAUCUACACUAUGACGAGACGAUAUAUGAAGAUCAAGUAUCCCUCUCGCAUGUAAAUAUUUACAAAACUCGAUCCAAUUCCUACAUUAAAUCUGAAUCUGAUUUAGAGCACAUAUCUUCGAUAGAUAACCAAAGAAUUGACGUUAAGAAAACGAUAUCGAGGAGCGAAUUGAAUCAUGAGAUCAGGAAAGAAAAUUAUCAACAGACAGCUCAACCUUCAAAAUUAAUGAAUUCAAAAGUGGUCUGUAGGCCACCAAGCACUAUAUAUUCUACAGAAUCAUCCGGCUACAGAUCCGGAGUUUGGGAUAGUGAUAGCGAUUAUAACUAUCGCGUUGCGACUUCUAGCGUACAGACCACUUGUAAUACGAAUCACGAUGAGAUGGAUACGUCAACUAAGAUAUAUUCAAACGCGAUAAUUCCGACGCAGUGCUUUAGGAAAGUCAAGAUCACUAAUGAAGGCAAGAUUUACACAACACGAGAGGAAAGGAAAUUACCACAAAACAGCAAACAGCUUCGUCUUAUGAUGAUCGAUAGGCAGUAUGAUUGCGAGGUCUUUUAUAUUAGCAGUGAAAGAUUUAUGAGACAUUUUUGUAAUUUCUUCGUAAAUCAACUGGCGGAGCCGUUGGGUUUUAAGCUGAAUGAUCCAAAGCACAUGAAAAAUUCGGUUAUCCAUUGGGACAAAAUAAUGAAAUCGUACAACCGUAAGCAUUGUAAGGUCGAGUCAUACGAGAUCACGCCGACGAUAUGCCUGCAAUGGCCGGAGUGUGCUCAGGAGUGGUUGAAUCGACCGAGAAACACGUGGCCUAAUCACAAUGAUGUCAACAAAGUGAAGGACUUUGGUUGUUAUGUGGUACCCGAGAACUCUUUUUCAAAACAGAAUCAAAAUUUACAAAAGAGCAUUUAUCAGGAAAUCGAAUGGCAGCUGGCGUUUCCAGCCGCGGAACGUUAUCUGGAAACCUGUAUGACCCAUUCGCAAGUACAAGUAUACUUGAUCGCACUAAUGCUUCACAAGACAUUUUUAAGGCCAGUCAAAGACACUAUGCACGGCCUAACGACCUCUCAUAUCAGAAACAUGCUGUUCUGGUUGAUCGAAAAAGACGGUCCCUCGAUGUGGCCUGAUAAUUGGACUGGUGAAUGUCUAAUUAAACUGCUUAGGCGUCUUUACUAUUGCAUUAACAAAAGCGAGCCGACUCUGCCUGACUAUUUCAUGCGUGACAAAAACAUGUUGAGUAAAAUAUCGCGCGAUGAUCUGUACCAUAGUCAGAAACAACUACAAAGAAUAAUUGGGAAUCCUCUUAUGUACGUGUUCCACGCAAUGAAGAACAUCAAGCAUGACGAAAAUUUUUUUCCGCGAUUGAACUUUACGAAGCUAUUCAAAAUACUAACAGUAGAACCGUGGUUAGGUGUGGAAUCUCUAAUGAAUCCGACCCUAGACAUGCCGAGAAUGGCAGAAGAAUCCUACAGGGAAGAGAUCUACAAUAGAUCUGAUAGAUUCUGGGAUAACACUCGAAUGAAGAAUCACUCAAACUAUAAUACGCGAGUAAUUACGAGCAAAACAGACAUCACAUCGCGCAAGGCCACGGACUCUAUCAUUGAGAUCUCGGAAUGUGCCAGCUUGAAAGGUUUAAGACUGGUCGAUUUGUUGAACUUUUUUAUUGACCAUUUUAUAAAAAUGGCCAAAUACUGUCAUAGAUACAGGUCUUAUCAACAGAAAAAGGUUUAUCUCGAUCAAGCGGAUCGACUCACGAUUAUCCUAUCAGAUCUGACCAGAUGCAAGGACAACGUUAAGACUUAUCGCGACGACAUCUCCGCUCUAAGAAUGAAAGUGGCAACAAAUUCAACGAGAUUACCGAACAAACCGCCAGAGACACCCAAGAGGAAUGAACCUAUAUUCAUCGGAAGUAUGAAAGAUCGUUACACGCCACAAUGUACUGAGGUUCCAAUGCAAUCAAAAGAUGAGCAAUCGCACUCUAAUCAUGAACAUAUGGAUAAGAUCACGGAAACAGUUAUUCAUGAAGUACAGUUUAAAGAUGAAAAAAAUGCAAAUAAAGAAGCAGAAACUAUCACAAAUGCGACAACGAGCAAUGAAGAUUCUUGUAUAUCGACAAGUCUUGUAUCAAAAAAUCAAAGUCAUGAGUUGGCCUUGGAUAUAAAUCAAAAAGUAGUUUCUCUAGCGGAUCCUCUAAGUGAAACGACAUAUAUAUGAUCGAUAUAUGUAUUUAUUAAGAUUAGAAUGUAAAUAAUCUAUUGAAAAGUUAAAUGCUAGUAUUAAAUGUUUAAGGCGGGUUUCCUCAUCAAAAAAAUAGUAUUUAUUAUUAUAUUUCGAGAGACAGUAGUCGAUGAUCAAUUUAGUAUCCAAGGAAGACUGAGCGUGCUAAAAUUCACGGACAAUUUUCUAGCAAUAUCAUUUCCGAUAUCUUUCACUAUCUUUUAUGAUCUCAUUAUAUUUUAUCGCCUUAUUAAAUUUAUUAUCGCGGUUAAAUAUGAUAUCUCUUGAAUAAAAUAUUUAUGCUAUAAAAACACAAGAAAAAAGUAAAUCUAAUAUAUCACAUGUAUUUUAUCAUUUAACUUUUAAAUUAUAUAACAUUAUUUUAAAGAGACAAUUAA